GAGAGGCUGCAGCACGGGGUGACCCGGAGCGAGGCCACGGAGCUGGAUAUCAAUGGGAGGAACGGGCUGAUGGUCGCCUGCUACAAGGGCUUCGUGGACAUCGUGCCCUUGCUGCAGCAGUGCCCCUACAUAGAUGUCAACCAGCAGGACAAGGAUGGGAACACGGCGCUCAUGAUGGCUGCGCAAGCAGGACACAUCACCAUUGUCAACUACCUCCUCAACUACUACCCAGCACUUGAGGUGGACAAGCGGGACCCACGGGGCCUGACGGCACUGAUGAAGGCAGCGGUGCAGGGGCAGCAGGACUGCGUGGCUGCGCUGCUCCUGGCUGGAGCUGACCUGCAAGCGGUGGAUCCCAUCAAGGGGAAGACAGCCAGGGAAUGGGCAGCCUUCACCAGCCGCUUCGAGACCACCGUGCGCAUCCGGAGCCUCCUGCGGCGCCCACGGGCAGAGCAGUUCAGUGCCAUGUACCGGCCCGAGUGGUCAGCACUGCCCGAGCUGGUGGCCAAGGCCCUGAGCCCCAAAUCCGGGAGCAAGCGGCUGUUGGAGAAGAUCCGAUCCACGUUCUCCAUCAGCUUCCCGCGCAACCCCGAGGAGGACGGUGUCCUGGACCACAUGGUGAGGAUGACGACCUCUCUGGCCAGCCCCUUCGUGGCCACUGCUUGCCAAACCGUCUGCCCCAACAGCCCACCGGAGGUGGGCAAGAGCAGGUUGUCCGUGCCAGAAAUCCUUGGGAAGCACGUGCUGGAUGCGGAUACAGAGCCAGAACCCACCUCAUGCCCCAGCACCGACACAUCCUCCUGCAAUGGCCAAGCCCCAUCAGAGCUCCAGCUCUUCCCUUCACGCAGCCCAGCCAGGACCCUUCUGAGCUUCCUGCCCCUGUGGCUGCGGUGCAGGAACAGCAUCUUCCCAGGGGAGCCGAUCCCGAGGAUCCGAGUGAGCAAAGACCCCUGUCCCCCUGCCCGCACCAGGCAGUGGAGCCCGCGCGGGAGGGACAAGAACCUGCUGCAGCCACCCAAGUGGAGGUACAAGGAGCUGAAGGAGGAGAGAAAAGCAGCCGAGGAGGCAAAGAAGAAGGAGAAGAAGGAGAAAGGGGGGAAGAGAUGUUAA